AUGAAGGUGACUUGGAUCAACAAAAUGGUCAAAUUACUCAUCUUGUUCGCACUCUGCGCCGCCGUCGCAGUCGCCAACCCGGUUGUAUAUACCAGGGCUGAUAUCAUCAACAACAGUGGCAAAACCCACCAGCUUUUAGUUGAUAAAGACAACAGAUCGUGUCUUUGCCUCAAGAAUACACAAACUGCCAAGAUCAUCAACAGGGAUGGAGCCGACAUGAAGUUGUUCUCGACCAGCGAUUGCACUGGUAACUAUUCUCAGCUUGGAAAGGGCAAGACUCAGAACAAUGCCCAAUGGAUCAACAGUGUCUCCAUGGGAAGGUCUGGCGUCCCAUCGAUUGGUCCUUAUGGGUGCCCAAACUACUUUAACCGUUGA